CUCAUUAAACGUGGUGAGGUGGCUGGAUCGGCGGAGAGGUUACACGAGCUGCUCGUGUUUGUACUCCCAGCAAAUGGAGGCGACGACUCCACCGCUGCGUCACAAAUUAAUUAGAGGAAGAAGUGGCAGGGAGAGCCAUAUUGUGGGACCAUUAAGACUCCUCCCUGUGCUAAAGAGGCAGCUGUAGAUGUGAGGUUAAUAACUGACACGAGUGGAGGACAGGAUGAACAGAUUAGAGCGGUGAAAAGCCCGACACCAUGAGGGCCACGCCAGAAUGACGCGAGCAGGUAGAAUCUACCAAUAGGAAGUGACAAAGUGAGGAAUAAAAUGUGUUUGUCAAGCAGUGCUCCAGCGCCCAUAAGAGUGCGUGUGCGUGCGCGUGAGUGUGUGUGGUAAUCGGAGCAGUAACCUCCAGACUGGGCGAAUGGCAUCCAGGAGAGCAAAGGAUGGAGCAGAUGUCUGAGGAGGCACUGAGGCUGAACCUACUUAAGCGAGGCCUUGAGUCAACCAGUGAGCGAGAAGAGGCGUUGGCCAAGCGCCUCAAAAUGGAAGGUCACGAGGCCAUGGAGCGCCUGAAGAUGCUGGCGCUUCUUAAACGUAAGGACUUAGCUGACCUAGCAGCUCUAGAUGUUGCAGGGAGCUUGGGAGAUGGAAAAGGCCCUGGAGCCAGCAGCCUCCAUCAUCAGAGCCUAAUGGGUGCUGCUUAUGAGGAGAAGUUAAAUGGGAGUCUGAGGCUGGGAAGCCACAGUAGCCCCGUUGGACCAAGUAAGAAUGGAAAGGAGAACAUCCUGGAUGAGCCAGUCGACAUGAGCGCUGGGAGGAGAUGUGAUGCUGAUCAUGAGAGACGAACUCCGUCACCGGAUGUCAUCAUCCUGUCAGACAACGAGGCUUCCAGUCCCAGAACAACACCUCGGCCCGAGGAGCGUGUGCACAAGGCUAACCUGGACAUGUUCAAGGGGAAAACAGGAGAGGAGAGGCAGCAAAUGAUCAAAGCUCUAAGAGAAGAGCUUCGUCUGGAGGAGGCUCGUCUCGUGCUGCUGAAGAAGCUCAGGCAGAGUCAAAUGCAGAAGGAGAAUGUUGUCCAGAAGGUCCCAGUGGUCCAGAAUGCUGCGUCAUCUGUGCAGCCUCCUCCCAUCCACAGCUCUCCUGUCCUGGGGAAGCUACCUGUGAGACCAGGUCUACACAACCCUGAGCCCCAGAACCUCCGCACUGCACAGGGUCACACAGUCAUCCGGUCAGCAGCUAAUGCAAACUUGCCCCCCAUAUUGAUGUCUCAGCGAGUGAUAGCACCCAACCCUGCCCAGCUGCAGGGCCAGAGGGUCACGUCCAAACCUGGGAUGUCUCGUUCCAGUUCCAACAGCAUGGCUAAUGCUGUCAGCUACCAGCAGGCCAGUCAGGUGGCAGCUUCCCAGCGCUCAGGCUCCAGUGCCAUGUACAUGAACCUGGCCCACAUGCAAGCAGCAGCAGCUGGGGCCAGCGGGGUGGCCGGCGGUCUGGGCGGAGCUUCGGCCGUCAGCCCGUCCACCAUGUCUGGUUCAGCCAGCGGAGCAGUGAGCUCCAUGGCAGACCAGGCGAGCAGUCAGGCAGCAGCCAAGCUGGCCCUAAGGAAGCAGCUGGAGAAAACCUUAUUGGAGAUCCCUCCACCCAAACCCCCAGCCCCUCUCCUGCACUUCCUGCCCUCUGCUGCCAACAGUGAGUUCAUCUACAUGGUGGGCCUCGAGGAGGUGGUGCAGAGUGUGCUCGACAGUCAGGGUAAACUCAGAGGGACGCUGGCCCGUCUGGAGCCUUUCUUCUGCGCCCAGUGCAGAACUGACUUCACCCCCCACUGGAAGCAAGAGAAGAGUGGGAGAAUCCUCUGCGAGCAGUGCAUGACAUCCAAUCAGAAAAAGGCUUUGAAGGCAGAGCAUACCAACAGGCUGAAGAAUGCCUUUGUGAAGGCCUUACAACAGGAGCAGGAGAUUGAACAGAGGCUGCAGCAGCAGGCUGCUCUCUCUCCCAGCUCAGUCCCUACCAACGCCUCCAAGUCCGACACCAUGAUCCGACAUCAUGCCCUCCGCCAGGCUCCCCAGCCUCAGGCCUCCCUGCAGCAAGGGCUGUCGAACUCUGCACGAGGGGUCCUGUCCAACUUUGCCCAGGCCUCCCAGCUCUCUGUGGCCAGCAGCCUCAUGGGCAUGACUAGUGCCAAGCAUUGUGGCAGCAGCGGAGGCAGCAGCAACAGCAGCAGUAACAGACUGCAGCAUGACAACCGUCGGCAGAUCUACAACAUCCCAGGGUUAAACAUUGCCUAUCUGAACCCAGCGGCUGUCGGAGCCCAUAAGAGCUCCAGCUUAGCAGACCGGCAGAGAGAGUACCUGUUGGACAUGAUCCCGCCUCGAUCCAUAUCGCAGUCGAUCACUGGACAGAAAUGAGCCCUGUCCAGCUCUUGCCCCUUGAAGCCACCUUCAUCUUCAUACCUAAACCAUACUGAAGCACUCCUAAAUCAGUCGAUACCCUCUCCUCUUCACCUCUCAUCGCAUGCAGUGCCUGUCCAUGUGCCUACCUUAAACUGACCCAUAAAAACCCCACCAAGUUGGACAAGGACUCUAAACUACCAGUGCAUUUGACAUGCUCUUAAUAUAGUAAAAUCCUUCUUCUUCAGUCUAUUUAAGAAUUAUAAUUCCCCUUAUUAUAACUGGUGGUAGCAUUAUUAUUCCUACAACUACCAUAUUUGCUUCUGUUACUAUUACUCAUUAUGCUUUUUCCUUUUGAUAGUUUGUUUUUCUGCUGUUUAUCCUUUACUCUGGGUAGUGACGGCCUGUCGUUGUCGGUUUCUUUAGGCCAAGGUCAUAUAGGAUUUUUUUUUUCUUUAUAAUUUGUCCUAAAGCUUAGCUGCGAUUGUUGCUAGUAACAGAAGAUCAAGAUGAUACGUUCUGGUUGCUAUGCAACUUACAAGCUUUGUAAAAUAGUCUCGACUUGGAUGAAACAGUGGAAAAUCCCGAUGGGUACAAAAACAGACAAUUUGAGGCUCUGCAUGCUCUUGAAAAGAGGAUGAAGAACCCAUUUUAAAAAUGGAAAACCUGGAGGGAGGGAAGGAGGGAGCAGCAGAGCACCCACACCUGUACAAUCUCCCUAAAAGGGCCUGCUUCACAGUGACACACAGCCAAAAUUCUGAUAUGCUAAAGUUAAGUUUCAGGACAGCGCCGGAGAUUCUGCCACCAACAGAGUUAAUGAACUGGAAGCGAGCGACAGACGAAAGCAAAAGAAAAUCCUAUGUGAUCAGUGUUCGGAUAAUCUUUCCUUUGCUUCCACCGUGGUUCACGAAAAGCUUCUUAUCAGGUUCUUCAUUUCAGAUUGAAACAGUAACACACUUUUUUAUGCUGGAUGAUACUUAAGUUGUACUAAUCAAGAUGGACAGUCACAGCAGUUUACCAUCUGCCUCUUCAGGAGACCAGCAGUCAGUCGAAACUCCAGCGAGAAGGAAGCUGACAGGCCGAGUCUGUCGUCUGUGUACCUGCCAAGUAUUCGGGCUGCUGAUGCUCUUCAUUCAGACAGGAACCUGUUGGUCCCAUCCCAUUUCACUAUUUGCCCGUGACCUACUAAACCACCUCACCCAUACUCCCCACCCCAAACCUUUGGCUGUUCAGUAUGCACAGACUGAACCCUUUUACCCCGCUGUUCCUCGUGGCAUCGCGUAUUCUUUGAGAGAGCGAAAAGACCUCAAAGCUAAAGGUGGAAGCAUAUUUUGUGCGUCCAAACCACAGACUCUGUAACUACAAAUCUGGGUUCUUCUUCUUUUUAUAUUUUGGUUUUUAGAUUAUUUUCUAAAUGUUGUGCAACACCCAUUCCCAAAUCCUAACUACUAUUCCCAUCCCUACCUCAUCCCUUUUUGUUUGUUUGUUUGUUUAAACUUUAUGCGGCGUCUCCUAAUAAAAUGGUUGCGUACCUGAGAGGUACAGCUGCCGGAGACGAUAAUAAUCAACAUAAAACAGAAACUAUUAAAAUGUCUGUAUGGAUUAUGUAUAGAUACCUAGCUUCAGAGAAAAAGGAUGUGGAUUUUAUCUUUUAAGGAGAGGCAUGGCUCAAUCAUGGUGUGUAUGCUCUGCACACACGUUUCCUCACUCCAAAGGAGCACUGUGCAUAUUUCAAAUUAGAUUUUUUUGUAUGGAGAAGAAUUACGAGUGGCUGCGGUCUGGAUGCUGGCUGACGGCUAACCAGAGUCCGGUGAGAUGCUCCGAGUAGCCUGGAUUUCGCCGAGGUGUGUUUUGUGUUUCUCGUUUUGUUUUAUUUACAGGCUCACGUUUUUUCAUAAUCCCCAAAAGAUGUGUUUACAUGCUUUUAAUGUUCAAAAACACUUUAUGAUCCUGCAGUUCUACAAAUGCUCCGUUUGAGUUUCUGUCGCUUUAAAGCCCUGCUUCCAAAAUUCCAAUUCCACUCUUAUUGGUCAGCUGUGAUGACAAAAGCAAGGCAAAGUUGGUUACAUAGCUAAAAACUUUGUGGGCUUCUUAACAAAACCCAUUACCUUAAGCCACGAUAGGAUGACUACAUGUUGCUUCUAUCCCUGAGGGUGCUAACUGAAAUCACAGCAGCGCUAACGUUGGUCUUGAUGUUAUUUGUCACUACUUGUUCUGUUGUUGACAACAUGAACAGGAGGAAGUCGAUGAAAACAAGUUUGUUUGGAACGUCUCUUUGUUGAAAAAGCUCUCAGUUAGCAUGUUAGCAUGACCGAAUGGUAAAUAGACUGGUUCUUAUAUAGCGCUUUUCUACUCUGAGCACUCAAAGCGCUUUAUACAACGCGUUGAUUCACCCAAUCACACAAGCACUUUUCUAAGUAUUUAGUGCUGUCUAACUAACAUUCAUACACACAUUCACUCUCCGAUGGAUGCAUCGGAGAGCAACAUGGGGUUAGCAUCUUGCCCAAGGAUAUUUGGCAUGCAGACCGGAGCAGACUAGGAUCAAACCACCAACCUUCCAAUUAGUAGGUGACCUGCUCUGCCACCUGAGCUACAGCCACCCCACCUGAGCUACAGCCACCCCACCUGAGCUACAGCCACCCCACCUGAGCUACAGCCACCCCACCUGAGCUACAGCCACCCCACCUGAGCUACAGCCACCCCACCUGAGCUACAGCUAGGUGCUGCCACCUGCUCUGCUGCUGGUGUGUCUUGCUGUUGUGUCACCUCCAGUCAUGCUCCAGUUGUUACUCGUUGACCUUUGAAACAUGCACAAAGACGUUAUCUAACACACUAAAUAAAGUUUGGGGGAAAGCUGAAA